AUGGGCUUGACAACCGAAGAUAUGAAGAAUACGGCGGGAGUUCUCGUUGUCGUAGGAAGUGGGGGAGUAGGACUCGCCAUUGCUCGCCGCAUGGGAAGUGGGCACCAUAUUGUACUCGCAGACUUUUCAGAAAAGCAGCUGGAGUUGUCGGCGCAGGCGCUUCGGGAAGAGGGACAAGUCGUGGACACAGUUCGAACAGAUGUCGCUAGCAUGGAAUCUGUCCAGAAUCUUGUGCAGCAUGUGACAAAAUUUGGUCCGAUCCGUGCCAUCGCUCAUACUGCGGGCUUGUCGCCGGUACAAGCCUCAGCAGAUCAAAUCUACCAAGUUGACCUGCUUGGGGCAGCACAGGUUAUAGAGGAGGAAUUUUAUCCCCAUGUGACACAUGGUACAGCGAUGGUCGUUAUUGCUAGUAUUGCUGGACACGGAAAGCAUAGUGCGAUCUCACCAGAGCUCGAGAAACAUCUGGCUAUCGCACCAUCAAGUGAACUUCUCCUGCGCCCAGAAUUCGAUACUAGCACACACAACUCAGAUGACCCCAUAAAGGAUUAUUUGGGCCGAAUGAAAGCAUAUUCAGUCUCGAAGAGAGCUAACAUUGUGCGUGUUCAAGCUGCCGCAAGCGCAUGGGGUAUCAAAGGAGCACGGAUCAACUCGGUGAGCCCAGGGGCAAUAGCGACCGCAAUAGGUCGGCAGGAGAUAGACGGUCCCAUUGGGGGAUCAGCUAUUAAAGAAGCCAUUGCCAGAAUCCCUGCAAAGAGAAUUGGAAGCCCAAUCGAGAUUGCCAAUGUAGUCGCGUUUCUGUCGUCUCCCGAAUCAAGCUUCAUUACCGGCAACGAUAUCAUAGUCGAUGGCGGAUGGGUCUCAUCAGAUAAAUGGGCAGACGCGACUUCAAUUGCCGAGAGAUAG